AUGUCCGGGGCAGAUUGCAGGGAGUUUCCACCACCAGCACAUGCUUCCUCCUCCUCGUCACCAGAUAAAGCAUUGUCAGGGGCGUCUGUAGCUCCUGCAUUAGAGGACAGCAGAGUUCUACAGCAGUUGAUCCGCAGGGUUGCCCAAGGUUUGGGCAUCAAGACCAAGGAGGUGGUUGAGGACACAGAUCCCAUGGUGGACAUCCUAGCACCCUCGGAGUCUUCACUGGUAGCAUUAUCCCUCCUAGGUUGCCAGGACAAUACUAGGAGGAGGAACCAGAGGGGCAUUGUAUCCAAGUCCUACGAAUGCCGACUGAAGGGUCAGGGAGCAACCUUUGUAGAGACCACCAGCCCUUUCACAGUAGCUGCCCUGGGAGAAGUUUCUCCAGUUAAAGAGAAGGCCCUUCGAAGUAACAGAAGACAAUCCCAAUCAGCUGAACAAGUGCAGCAAGUUAUCAUUAUUCAAGGAUACGAUGGUGACUUUGCAAUUGAUGCCUCUGUGGAAGAAACGGCAGCAGCUACCCUUCAGACUUUGGCAAUGGCGGGUCAGGUGGCAAGGGUGGUGCAUAUUACGGAAGAUGGGCAAGUUAUAGCCACAAGUCAAAAUGGUUCUCAUGUGAGUGGUCUGGUUCCAGGACAAAUACUCACUGAGCAAUUAUCAGGUGGUGCGACACAAGUGGUAGUGGUAGAAGGCUCUGUGGAGGGAACUGAUAUGGAGGAGGCUGUCCCAAUAGAUGCAGUGUCUGACUCCGGUAGUGCAGUGGUGCAACAGAUAAUGAGACAGGAAAUUUUAGAUACAUCAGAAGCUACAGUACAUCCUCCAGAGUCGUCCUCAGCGUUAGAUGCCCUCCUUUGUGCUGUAACAGAGCUGGGUGAAGUGGAAAACAAAACUGGACUCCUCGACAGAACCAGGCCUAGUCACAAAGAGUUGUUACAAAUGACAAAUCAGGAGCAAUCCAAUAAUUCUAAUGACACCAAGACACAAGAAAUACAGAUGUUCCAUGAAGUUCAAGGGACUCAGGAAGAUAUAGAACCGAUGGAAGUAGUGACACAGGUCAUUCACCCAUCUACUAUAAUUGCAUCUCAGGAGAGAGCUCAAGCUGCCUUCAAGAAAAUGGUCCAAGGAGUACUACAGUUUGCAGUAUGUGACACGGCUGCAGCAGACCAGCUGAUGAAAGAAGGUGUCACUCAGGUCAUUGUAAAUGAGGAAGGAACGGUGCAUAUGGUUGCUAGAGAAGGCUCUCAAAUAAUAAUGCAAGAAGCUGGUAGCCAUGCACUCAGUGUCCAAAGUGAGCACAUGGAUUUAGUUGAGUCUGAUGGAGAAAUUUCACAGAUCAUUGUCACAGAAGAAAUAGCUCAAGCCAUGGUUCAGGAUUCACAUGGCAACUUCUCUGAAGGUCCAACCCAUUACAUUGUAACAGAAUUACCACAAGAUAUACAGGAUGAGACUGGUGUGUAUUCACACACUGUGAUAGAGACAGCUGAGUCUCAAGAGAUUUUGGAAGCUGGUACUGCUAUAAAUGCUGAAGCUGCAUCCCCUGAUGGAGCAGAAGAACAGUUAACUAGUAUGGUCAUUUAUACAGAGAGUGGCUCGCAAGCAACAGUAAUUCAGGGCCAGGGAGAUAGUAAUGAACUACAAGAAGCGUGAAGAAUUGUUUCUUGGAAAAUUAAUAGACAUGUGUAGGAACUUAAUUUGUAAAACCUUCAUAAUAUGAUAUUCCUCCAUCCAGGUGCUAGCCUCACUGUGUGAGGUUAAUGUCAGCUACUGGGAAGAGUAUACAGAAAAGGUAUUAUCUUAUUACAAUGGACAGAAAGUUGACCUGAGUAUGAUUAACAGGCAUAAUAUGGUAAGCAAAUGACUAAAGCUCCCCUUCCCUCACCCAAAUGAGUCAGAUAUGAUUCUGGUUUGGUUUGGAUUAUUUUGCGAGUUCAGGGUGAUUUCCUGGUUUAUGCCUUGUCUGACUGUUUUUGUGGUUAUGUUAAACAUAAUUUUUUCACUUUACAUAUAUGUUUUGUGAGCAAAAAAAUUAAAAAACUAAAAUCACACCACAUGUUAAAAAUAUGAGGUGACAGUUUGUAAGUAAAGUUGGAUACUACAAGUGUUGUCCUGUCUUCUUCAAAGGCAGAAAGCCUGACAUUUGGUUUUCUAAAGUCUUGCUCUAAAAUGUCCCUGGUCAAAAACAUCUCAGCAUAAUGACCCUUUCUAAAUUUGUGUCUGAGAGAAUCAUUUUUCUUUAACUGUAGUUAACUCUUUCAUUGUUUUGCAUUGGACUUUGAGCAAGAGAGACCUCUAAAAUCUACACUUUAGAAAAGUCUUGAUACAUAUAUUCAAAAAACUGUCUUGGUUUAGAAAAAGCUUAAUGCCUGUUACUUGCAACUUAAUUUCAAAUAUAAAAGUCCUGCAUAUGAAAUGUGCAUUUUGGGGAAAAAAAUAUUGUCACUGUCAAUGUUUUGCUUUUCUUACAAAUAGUGCUUCAUAUAAAUACCAUUUUGCAGAUCAUUUUGUGAAUGACUUUUUGAAAUGUUAGGGAUUUUUUUAAUGAAAAUUCUGACAUUGAGAUUAACAAGUAGAAAAAAGGUGACCUUGUAUUUCUUGCUUAGACCAGAAUGUCAGUUAUCUAGUUGUGGAUACACUGCAACUGUUCAAUGCAAGUUCAUGUAGAAAAGAUUUGUUUCCUGAUACAACUGAUUUUGUUUCUUUUAAAAAAGAAGUUGUAAAAUAUAAAAUGGUAAGGGGGUUUGGUUGGGAUUUUGGAGGAAGAUUCUUUCAAAUAAAAUGUUACCAUUAAAAAG